ACCCGAGCAAAGAGAGGGGUCCAUAGUCGCGAACACAGCAGUGUAACGAGUAGUUCUUCAGCAUUUUGAAUAUGAAAGAUUAAAAGUGAAAGACAUUCAAGUUGGUUCCUCCAGUUAGUGUGAAUUGUGUGCUACAACAACAGCGACGAUGGCCAAGAGCGGCCGUCAUCUUUUUCUGCUGUUUGCCGCCGUUAGUUUUGUCGGCGGAAUAAAUGGAGAAUACUUGGGCAAGUUCAUCGGGCAACUAUCCGAAUUGCACCAUGGAGUUUCGGGGGAAGUUUACGCGGUAGACGGCCGCACUAUACACAUCAAAGACUACACGUACGAUGGCCAAGGCCCUGCGGCCUAUUUCUACGCCAGCACCUAUAAAACUGCCGACAGCAAAGGAUUCCGGUUAAGGGACGAAAAUAAUAACGGCGAUGUGAUCAGGAGGUACAGAAAAGAAGGGGUCACCCUUACCCUUCCCGAAGGCAAAACCUUGAACAAUAUCAAGAUCUUUUACGUGUGGUGUGAGGAGUUUGACGUGAACUUCGGCGACGUGAAAAUUCCCCGCAACUUUGACUAUCCGAGACCGCAGAAGAUCGACGCUCUGAAAGGGGUUCACCAGAUUUCCUCAGACAAUAUCGUCAUUGUCGACGCCCAAACUUUGCUCAUUCCGAACCUGCACUAUGAUGGCGAAGCACCCGAUGCGAAGUUCUGGGCAGGCAGAGGCCCCAAACCGUCACCUCAAGGGAUCCGAAUUGCAGACGAAAACGGCAAAGAGCUGCCCUUGCGGCGCUAUGAUGGCAAAACGGUGGUACUCACCCUUCCAGGCGAUUUAACCGUCUUCGACAUCGGCCACUUUGGCAUAUGGUGCGAGCAGUUUACCGUGGACUUUGGUCACAUCCAGAUACCGCAAAGUGUGAACGUGCCGCCCUCCCUAAAGAUGCUCGGCGUCAGCCCGCAGUCCAAACUGAAUUGCGAAGUCUUGGAUGACGAGCUGGCCUUUGAAGUGCGCUGGGCUGUGGCCGGAGAAAGCAUCGUCCUUCAAAUGGUGGCUAAAUUAGAGGAGCGAGAGUAUAUGUCCUUUGGAUUGUCUGGGGAAGUGGCCAAUAGCGUGAUGAUCGGGGGAGAUGUUGUAGUGGCUUGGGUGGACAAGGAAACUCUCAAAGGAUACGCCUAUGACUACUACUUAGGCGAUAAGUCCCAAUGCUCUGGACCUACCGGUUCCUGUCCGGACAGCAAACUUGCUGAAAACUCCAACAAUAUCAGGCUUCUGAACGCUGCCAUGGUGAACGGUUAUUCCAUAGUAACUUUCCAAAGACCGCUGAAGGCUUCGGAUCAGUUCGACUUGCCCAUCCUAACCAACCAAUCGCAAGCCAUCAUUUGGGCUGUUGGUCCAUUGAAUCAGAGGGACGAAGUCUCUUUUCAUAGCAGCUACUUGAAGCAUGACAGUUUUAUCGAUUUUGCCCGGCCCGCCAAGUGGAACUGUCCCCUUCCGGAGGGAGAAACUGCGGCCAAGCAUGUGGAACCGUUGAAGGCUGUUACUACUGAGGCCGUAGCCGUUGUGGCAUCAACCACAACUUCAGCACCAACAAGACGGGAAGGAGGAAACCGUAGAAGAGGAAGCAACCGAAUAUCUACAAGACAGCCGGAGACUCAUGCAGAAAUCGCCGAAGAAGGACAAGCUUCAAAGCGCGAGUCCACUCGCACGAGAGGCACCAGCAACAAAAUAAGCCAAAGAGGCACUCAAACUGUCCCGCCUCCUACUCCCGUGAAAGAGCGCAACGCUUGGUAUAUCCCCCCAAUCGAGUGCUAUGAGCCUGAAGAUGGAGUUUUCUACGCUCAAAUGGGCCCCACCGGGGGCAAGCGCGGUUAUCCUGCCAUUACCGGUCACGUCGGUUGGGGCAUUUCGUGGUACAUCAACGGACUGCUCAUCCCGGAAAUUAACGUGGUGAGAGGAAAAACCUACAACUUUAUCACCGAGGGAGGCGACAACCCAGAGGUUUCAGCCAAAUAUCAUCCCUUCUAUAUUACGGAUGAUCCCGUGGGCGGAUACGCCUAUAAGACGCCUGAAGAAAGAAAGAACAUUUCUAUCCUUGCUGGUGUGCGCUUUGAUAAAGCAGGGGAACCGAUUCCUGUGGGAGUGGGCCGAUUGUGCCAUUGGACCCACAGCGGGGACAGUGAUGCGGAUGAUUUUGACUCAUUUGGAGCAUAUCAGCGCACUUUGCAACUAAAAUGUGACGUCGGCGAGCCCGGAAUAGUCACCUGGACUCCCGACCGGAAUACUCCAGAUACAGUUUACUAUCAGUGUUUCACCCAUCGACACUUGGGGUGGAAAAUAAAUGUCCACGAUAGUUGCGAACAAGCAGUGGCAGCCAGCGAACUGCAACCGACCAUUGUGAAGCCAUCGGAAGCACAGUCCGACUUGGAGCCGGAAGCGAGCAUUCGACAGGAAAGCGUGAACUUUCCAUCACCACACUAGACCCAUCACCAACACCCACCGGCCACCAACAAUUACUAACACAGAAGCAACAUCCGCUCAUUAUCAGACCCGACAAUGACUUCAAACAUGCUCAGACAAGACUGUCCGUGUUGAACUUGACUACACCUACAAGACUUAAGCAAAUGCCAAACAUCCAACGCUCCUAUCUGAUAUACAAGAGGCCGGUUGACAAACAACAAACACUUCACACCACCAACACUUACGCAAUUCUCCCAAAAGCACCGAAAAAUGUCCAGGUUAAAAAUGUGGACAUUUCCCCCAUGCAAGCAUCAACAGAACGAGAUCCUGAAAUCCAAACUGCUGAAGCCCCCUUUGAAAUGAGCGCAUCUUUGGAGGGGACUGACCACUUCGGGGCGUCCACCCACAGGGGAACCAAGCAAGAAAGUGGGUUUGAUGACCAGAGAUUUGUACCCCAAGUAAACCCUGAGAGGGGAGAUCACACUUUCCUAGGCUUGAGGCACUCGCGCAGAAAAUUAUCGAUUCGAAGCACCGGAAAAUCGGACAGGGAACAGGAAAUGGCUGCUUCUGAGCACGUAGAGUCGUUCUACUUGCCUCCGCCAGGAGCCAGCAAAAUCCCAAGUAAUCCGGCAGGAAAAAUGCCUUCAGAAAUUGAUUUCGAAGCGCCAGCGCCUCCGACUAAGAACAAUUCUUCCAAACUAGAUUCUCCUCCUCACGUAGUGGUAACUUUCGAUGGCAAACGAGUGUCCGGCGCCAGCCUCACUGCAAAACCGUUCGAAAAGUCCAUGUUGGAACGCGGCUCUAAGGCGGCCGAACUACUCAAAACCCAUCCUCAGUCUGUACCUUUCCAGGGCGAUUUGCCUCCUUUGAACGUUAACGUGCUCUUCCACAGUCCUGAAACACAUCCGGGGGUUUUGAGCAGGGAUCUUGACACUCCGCUACCCCAAUCGGGGUCUACAAAGUUGAAGCGAGUGCGUAGAAUCAUCUAACACAUCACAAACAUGCGGGAAUAAAACCUAAUUACUAAGUCAGUUUUAUGAAUUGCACGUAACUUAAAAUUAUAAGGGUCGGAUAUGUAUUUAUAGAUCAAAUGUACGCAGUUCUUACCGCACAGGAUUAGAUACCUAAGAAUGUAAAUAACAUUGAUUAAGGAUUUGUUGUUUGACACUGUUUUGGGUCUUUUACCAUAUGUAUUUAAUAAUCAAUUGUAUAUAAAUAAGGGAACUUUAUACGUUUUUAGUAUAAAUAAAGAUACGUUAAUUUUAAAAA